AUGGCGGAUAACAAGAUGACCGGCGGAAAAGCUAGCGAUAACAAACCGACCGAAAAGAUCACACCAGAGAAAAAGGCAACAAAAGGAGAAAAUACACAAGAGACAUCGAAAGACAAUGAGACGAUCGACGCCCAACACAGUGAUGUCCAGUCGGCCGAGGAUGAGGUCGUGAAAUUAUCAGUCAUACGGCAACACUUGUCCGCAGAAGUGCCCGAUCUAUUCUUCGAUGUGUUUGCAAAGGAAGGCCUAGGUCUCCCCAGUCAAUUCUGCUACCCAAGUGCAUACGAUUGGCUGAAGAAGGUCGUAUGGAAGUUCCACAAGAAGGGUGAGAAGGCGACCAACGACGCUGAGGGGACGCAAAGCCAUCUUGACCGAUGGACAACCGAAGCACGUCAGAUUACUGGGUAUGAAAAACUCUGGGCGAUGUGCGGUCUUCUCCGUGGUAUGGAAUAUGAAGAUCCCGGUUUCGUUACACGGGCAAAGAGAUAUACAAACAAAUUGGAAGGGAAGGUAGCUGAAAAGGCCAAGGUCCUGCAAAAGUUGUUGGACGAAACGCCUGAGCCCUCCUUCACCGAGGCGGAGUACAGAAGAAGCGGUAUUCCUCGCAGCGAAAGAGCUAUUUAUCGUACGGAGCUUGAGUACCUCAUUGAGGAAUUCGAUUAUUUCGUUGAGGUUGAAGGCGAUGAGGACGAGGAAAGUGACAGUACUGAAGGGGAGGAUGGGCGUGAUGGCGACUAUGAACUCCCUCAAUUGAAAGUUAUUCCUCAAUUGAAAGUUACCCCGCCUACGCCGCAGCGUUAG